CGAGCUUCAGUGAGGAUGUUGAAGCCGAAAACAGAGCCAAAAUGGAGCAGUUACAUGUCGGAAAGUGCCGAAUGUAAAUUGAGAGCCGCGUUGUGUCAUGUGAGUUUUGUUUACAUCCGCCAGAAGUUCCUCUGCACGUGUAGGGAUAGCCUGUGAGCAGCGUGGACCCCCAGGCAAUGGCUGCCGUGACCCCCAUUAAACCUUUCAGCCCAGAGGAGACCAGAUGGAUUUUGGAGCAUUUGCAGCAUCCUUCAGUUUUCCUGAACAUGACCCAGGGCUGGCCUGUCCUGCACUGGACUGCACAGCAUUUGUCAGGCUGCCUCCAAGACAGGCUGAUCCGAUUCAGACUCGGAAGGAAAGAGGCAACAAACGCUCCUCUGUUUGAGACUCAGUGUUCGUACAUCGAGGCCACAGUGACUCAGUUCCUGCGCUGGACUCAGCAUCAGACCGAUGUGGGGUCUUUCUCUGAAUACCCCUGCUCAGAGUACUGGGCUUAUGCUGACUACAAGUACAUCACCACGCUGUUUCACGAUCAACCUUCCAUGUUUGAGGAUGUAAAGUGGUCUGAGUUUGGCUUUGAAGGACGUAACGGGAAGGAGAGCACUCUUUGGAUUGGCUCAGAAGGGGCUAACACGCCGUGCCAUUUGGACACCUAUGGCUGUAACCUGGUGCUGCAGGUUCAAGGACGGAAACGCUGGCAUCUGUUCCCUCCAGAGGACACUGCGAAGCUUUACCCGACCCGGAUCCCCUAUGAGGAGUCCAGCGUCUUCAGCCAGGUCCACGUUCUCCAUCCAGACCUGAGGAAGUUCCCGCAGUUCCAGGGGGCCAGGGCCCACACGGUGACUCUGGAGCCCGGGCAGGUGCUUUAUGUCCCCAGGCACUGGUGGCACUAUGUGGAGUCAAUAGAUCCCAUCACCGUCAGCGUCAACUCCUGGAUCGAGCUGGAAGUGGACGACGCAGCUCGGGUCAGCGAAGCCGUGACCAGGACGGUUGUGUGUGCGAUGAAAAGUGCUCUGAGUGACGACAACGCCGACACCUGGCUGAACCCCACUGAGGAAGAAAAGCUCUCCCAUGAAGAAAACAUGCAGUACCUAAACCUGGCAGUGUCUGCUCAGAGAAAGAGGGGCCUCUUCCACAGGAAGCCCAGCCCGGACCCCAGGGCCACCCAGCCUGCCAAACGGGACUCAUGUGGACGACUAAAGCUCAGAGGAGACGGGGUCAAGGUCCCUGCGUCCGUCCGACUCCCGUUCGGGCAACAUCUCAUCCCCGUAAAGUGUCAGGAAGACGAACCGGAGGAAACGGUUCCGGAGGAAACGGUUCCGGAGGACUCUUCCUGUGACGCUGCCGUCUCUCCCGGGGAGGACGGUUCUGCUGGCGCUAAGGGAAAACACACAUGUGGUGCUGAUUUAACUCAAUUUAGCUCAUGCAAUUUAGCGACGGAGCGCGGGAAUAAUCAGGGCUCAGGACCUUCGCUGAUUACCACUAACGACCUGUUAGACUGUCUGGUCCAUCCAGACAUCAUCAGCCGUGUAACAGAGCUUCUCCUGGAACGGCACGGAGGCGGCCAUCUUUAAUCUUCGAUCUUCACCUGCCGCAGACGGGAGGCGCUCCAUGUCGAACAUAAAUCUCCAGCAGCAAACUGCUCACUUCCUGCUGUUAUGUGACACCUUUCAUUUGUCCCCUCAUUCUGGGAUCCUCGCGCUGCAGACUCCAAAUUUGAAUAAACGCAAUUAUGUGGUGAGUCAUGCCGACGAGUGGCUCGGACAUUUCCUCCCUGUGUCAUCCAGAACAUGCUAAUCUGGUUUAGCUGCCCUGGCAGAGGAAAAAAGACCACCUCGAUCAAGUUAGCAUGUUAAUGCAUCAAAUAAUUCAGAAUAAUAUUCCUCUGGUGGAAGCAUUUGUUCUCUCUGUGAUGUUUUGUUGUCAUUUAGUGAUAAAACAAAAUUGGGCCUGAACCUCCAUGACUUCCUGAUCGUAAUGGUUUCAGGAUGUAUGAGAGCUGAACGUGGAGUUAGUGACCGAAACUGACCAAAAUGUUUCAGACUUCUACAUUAAAAGUGUAAUAUACUUCUGAUUUAAUUGAUUUUACUUGUUGUUCGUUGCACAAAAGUCCAUUUCUGUAAACUAGAAUGUCGUUGAAAAGUUCAGAUAUUACAUCAGAACAAUAAAGAAAAGGGUUUCUAAAACAGAAAUGUUGUGUUAUGGUUUACACAGUCAUCGACACCCUUCACAAGAACAAGGCUCUUCAUGAAAAUCGGUACCCACUCAUAGGUGGGAAGUUUAGCGGAAGGAAAAACUGAAAGGUACAUUUUAGAGCACAUCAGCUUCCCUCUGCUGAGAAGCUUAUGGAAAUGUAGAUUUUAAUUUUAAAUACAGCUAGGCAAAAAAGAGAAAAAAAGACCAAUACCUGCCCUAAUAACCAUGGUGUCCUUGUGCUUGAUUGGCCAGCAAACAUAACACACCUAAUAAACUAGGUGUGUUUCAAGAGUAAGAUGAUGAAACCACUGUUGAAGCAAUCUGGGCUUCCUUAAAACCUCCCUGGCAUGCUGCAUUCAUGCAGUAAUUUGUGCUAAAGGAAUCUCAUGAAAAGCAUUGAGCGUAAAUACUGUGUACUUUUUACAGAGGUUUAUUGGGAGCAGCCUGAUUAGUUUUUCCCUGAAUGGGAAAACAAAAGACGGUCACGAAACCUGACGGAUUAAGUCUGUAGCUUUGGUUUUGGCACAACACACGAGAUUACGACACCACAGAAGAAGAACGAUGUUGCUAUAGUGGUCAUAUUAAUGGCAGAAUUACAGUCUCCUGGUAAAUCAAGACAGCAUGAACAUAAAGGACCAUGGCAGAGAAGAAGCUAGAUGGACAGCAGAUGUUUUCCUGAUCUGCCAUCUCAUAAUACUUGCAGUAAAUGUGAUCAUAUAUUACAGUCCAGUCUGAAGAAACUGUAAUUUAGCGUAAGAAAAGAAAAAAAGUGUCGAUGUGAAGCUUCUUUUGCUGUCGAGUAUUGUUUCAGAAACCGAUUGUAAACCAUGUAAUUUCAUGAAUUUCGCUGUGCGACAAAGUAAGCAGCAAACAUAUACAGAUUAUAAAGUUAAACACUGUCAAUCAGAGGGGGAAAAAAUAAAAAUCACUGCGUCCGGUAAACAUUAUUACACAUACAUGAGCCGUUCCAGUGGCUUCCUGUGUGAUUACAAGCUCAAGAUUGAGUAGGCUGUUGAAAGAUUUCACAGAUUAUGUAUAUAUAUUAACAAUGUCAUCAGUAUUGAACCUUUAGUGUCUAAUAACCAAGAAAUUCCUGAAAAAAAAA